UAUGAUGGACCGAUUGUUAACUGUCGAACGAAAAGUCCAACAACAAGCUGAUGAAAUACAAGUAUUAAAAAGUUCGCUGGCUGACGCCCUUAGACGAUUGGCUAAUGUUGAACAUCAUCCGACAAGUAUAUCCUCCUCUAGCCAAAUGAUGAUGUCUAGUCGAACCUCUACUCCUGUUAAAAUGACGAGAAAAGCUGAACCAAGAUUGUCUAAGAGGACAGUUAGUACAGACGGUAUACACAGGACAACUCCGUCACCAACGCCCAGUAAAGGUAUGUUUGGAAAAUCGUUAAAUAUGAGAAAGUGGCCAUCAGUUCCUCAUGGAGAGCAAGCACACAAUGCUAACGGAUUAUCAAAUUCUAGGUUUGUUAUAUGUCUAAUGAUUACGACUGAAGUAUGUACUUUUUAAGUGGAUAUUCAAUCUUUAAGUACCAUAGUCAUAUGAAUUCGUUUGUUCCUAAAUGACAAUUAACCUACUGGCGCCUCUAAUGGGUCUCCAUUCAGAUUGCUAGUUAAAUAAAAAAAAACAAGAAUUCUUACGCGUAACCGUUACGUGCAAUGAAAGGGGGUUAAUUCAACAAGUAGCAGGGUUUCUUCGUUUAUCCGCCAUUGUAACUACGUAAUCAACGGAAAAAGAGGUUAAAAGCGAAAGUUUUUUCUCCAAAGUAAAGAGGUACUUAAUAAAAAAAAUAUAUUUAAAACAGGUGAACAUUUUCCCACAAGACUUUCACUUUUUUUUUUUCCAUAUUAUUUCUUUUUACUUUUUAUUAGAAAUAAGCUAAAGAAAAAUAAAUCUAUUUCCUACUUUAAAUAAAAGAAAGAAGAGCUGAGAGAAAGAAAUCUUUCUCUCUUGAUAAUCCGGCAUUAAGCUUUAUACUCUACUCCUUAAAUUUUCUUUUAUAAUUGAUAUUUUACAAAUAAUUUAUGACAUUUGCUUACAUAUAAAUUAUAUAUACUGUAUAUAGUAUAGUAAAACUUUCGCGUAG